CAAAAAAUGUGGUCUGUGGAGUGUUGAGUCAGGAGGAGUCUUAUAAGUGUCAGUGUUAUUUUUCUUUGGGGUUUUUAUUUUUUUGAGUUAUUUAUAAUAAUAUCACUGCUUUUUCGUUUAAUGGCAAAGGCUUUUUGUUUUUUGUAUUGUCCAAUGAGUGUCAUAAUAAUUUAAUUAACUUGUUGAAUAUGGGCACAAGUACAAUGGGGAGUGAUUUGCAUUCUGAUAAGCAGGAUAAGCUUUUGAAGCUACAAGCUCGUAAGAAGGAACUAGAGCAGAUGCUAGCAGCUAAAAAUGAAGAACUGUACAAGUUGUGCGUGCAAGAAGUUCAAUUGACGGGAAUCAUGCCACCUGAAGCUCCAUUGAGUCCUGAAGUCCCACAAAGAGAAAGAUUGGGAAGUAUACGUAGCAUAGAUCGUUCCACUGAUGGUACUGAUGUACAAGAUGGUUGUGACAAAACCUCUAGGCGCCUCAAAGCAAAUGACCGACACGAAGCGGAGCAUAAUUUGCGUAAGAAUAUUUCUCACCGUCUAUCUACGCCAUCUAUCUCGGGUAUUUCUGGCAAGAGCGUGCAUUCUAGACAAUUACGACGUCCUGAGACAAGUUGUUCUAAUUUUUUUCCUUCUCCUCCCCAAGAGCGUAAUCCUGAAACAUUUUCUAUACACACUUCACACACCUACCCUGCUUUAGCCAAUCGUAAUGAUGGCCUACCCAGUGAAAACAUUCAUGCUGAGUUACAACAAGGGCCAGCUUACCGUCAUCAUACAAUGGCUACUGAAUAUACUAACAAAAUAUAUUAUAGUAAUACACCAUCUGAAGCUCACAAUGUGUCUCGUUUACGAGAAACCCACUUUAGUUCCAGUCAUCCUGACAUAACUACUCAUUACACACAUGGAUCAAUUGCCCAGCAUACUAUUCCUCAGCAAAAUAGCAUGCGUAGUACCCCUUUAUUAUAUCAGUAUGCAUCACAACUAAAAGCACAGAGCCAGCAUUUAGGAGCUUUAAAUCAUCACCACCAAUUGCAAGCACAGCCUAAAAGAAGGAAUGAAGGUGUGCGGCGAAAUACUUUACAGAGAACCCAAACAUAUCAUCUUACAUCACAUAGUGAUUAUAACCAUCAUUUAGAAAAUAUGUCUGAGGGUUAUCGCCCCCCAGCAGCAGUAUACCAACACAGAUCACAACCAGAUAUACAGGAACAACCAAUACCCAAGACAAUUGAAAGAAAUAUACCUGUACCAAAUACACUGCCCUUACGUGAACGAAAUACAAUAAAAAAUCCACUCUACCUACAGUUACAAGUAUCAACUGAAGAUUAUUUGGAUGAGAGUCGGCAAUACAUAGAUCCUGUAAGCCCAGUCAGUCAAAUGUCUGGUUAUUCCCAUAAUUUUGAUUCAGUUAGUAUGAACAAGUUCUCUCCACUCUCCCAGGAUUCAAGGAAAGAAAAGCAAUGGUAUGAAACAUCUCUGGAUUCUCCCACUCGAGAGCCCUCUAUGCUAAAGAAGAGUGCAAGCUUAAAGCGCAGUCCUAGCUUAGGAAAUUCUCAACCAUAUGAAAUUAUGAUUUCUACUGGACGUCAUAUGGCCAUGCAUAGUCCAAACCACACACCAAACAGCCCACCAGUUCUGUCACCUGGUGCUAUCUCUUUAGAAUCACCCAAAAACUUGACUGUAAUUGAACAGGGUAAAUGUAUACCAUAUAGAGAAGAGACAAAACCAUUUGAAAUGUCUGACUUUUAUAAAUAUUCUACAAAAUUUCGUCAGACAAAUGUACAAAAGCCACCACCACCCCAGCCAGUUCAAAAUUUGAAUAAUAUGUAUAAUAAAUUGCCAAUGGAGUUGCCACAAUAUGGCCAAGAAAAUUGGCAUCCUAGCAACUAAUUUAAUGUAUUAAUUUAUACAUAUUUAAUGAUUUCUUAUUAUGAAUUAGUCUUGCUAAUAUUUAAGUACUUAAGUCAAAACAGUCCAGAUCUCCUUAUAUUUCAUAUAAAUGAGGUAUUUUUUAAUGUCUUUGAGCUAUUAAGAUUUAAAUCAAAAUAGACUGUGAUAGACAGACAUUUAAUAUUAAUUGUUUAUUUUUAAUGAUCGGUAAUGAAAUCAAUAACAAAGUAUAUAUUACAUUUUACAUGUAUGCCUAACAAGAAAGCUAAGAUAUCCUACAUAAUAAUCUGGUGGUCAUAGAUCUAUAUGGCUGAUGCAAUUUGAAGUUACAGAGUAAAGGGAAUGUUGAAUAUACUUUUAUCUAAUUUUACUAAUAAAAGUAGCAUAGAAAUGUGUAGCUAGGACUUGAUUUUUUUGAGCUUGUUUUGACAAAUUGUAAGGAUAUAAAUAUGUUUUUGAUAAUCAACCCACCGCUGUUCAAACUUAGCCAUUUUAUAUCUUACAAUUUACUUUGUAAUCAUGUUUGAUCUCUCUUGUUUUCUCUAUUUAUAGUAUCUAUAAAUUACUCAUGUUUAUGUUACAGGUCAUGGAUAAUUUAAUUCAUUCUUGUCAAUUAUGAUAAUGUGUUGAUGCCCUAUUUUCAUUAUUUGUAUUGUUAUCUCUAAAUUUUUAGAUAAUAUUAUAUUAUGAUUCUCAAGUUUUAAUAAGUCUAGGUUUUCUUGGGUUUAAUGACUGUCAUGUCUUUUGCUCCAAAAAGUUAUUCUUUAAUAACAUUCAUAAAAUAUAUAGCCAAGUGCCUUGUAAUGUGUAAAUUAAAAUGAUGUAUUGAAUUUUAAUAGUGGAAGUAUUUAAGUUUAGAAAAUAUAUUACAAAAUUUACAUUUUAGCUUAAUUUCAUCACAUACUUAAGUAAUGUGGUGGACAUACAAUUAAUAAUCAUUGUUUAAAUGAAAACAAAAUGGAAAUAGGCAUUUGAAAACCAAUACAAAACUUAAGUCUUGAAGUAUUAUAUAUAAAAUAAAAUAGUACAACAAUAUGCACUUAGAAGAUAAUAUUUUUUUUUAAUGAUUUGAAUAGUCUUAAAGACAAUUAUUUUCUAUACAUAGGUCUUUCAUUACUUCAGAACUAGAGUGCCUUGUAUUUGCUUAGCAGAAUUAGUGUAUUAAUUAUUUUAGUCAAAUAUAAGACAAACAACACUUGCCAAACAAAGCUCAUACAUUCUCUGGCCUUGUCCUAUUCUGAAAUAUGACAAUAAUUUUAAGUAUUACAUAAGAAAUAUUAUGUAGUUAAUAUAUUAAAUAUUUUAGCAAUUGUGAAUUGCAAAUUGGCUAAAUUAGAAAGAGUUAAUAUUUUUGUAUAUUGGGAUGAAGUCGUGCAAGAGCACAAUUGUAUUUUAAUAAAUGAUUUUAUUGAA